CACAGCUUGGCGCGGGCGGUGGCGCGGGCGGUUAAGCGGCGGGCUGUACAAGGAGCAAAAGGAACUAAAGGAGCUAGUGUAUAUGAUGAUGAAGAGUAUCUUUUGGUUUUAAUUACAGGAAAAGAUGGAUUGGAUGAUACAAAGUGCAAAAAAAAAUUAAAAGAAUAUUGUAAAAACUUAAAGAAAGUUGAUAAAAACUUUAGUGUUUAUCCAAAAUUAAAAGGAAUUUGCAAAGACGACGGUGCAACAAAAUGUACAGGACUGAAAGCCAAGGUUGAUAUAAAGCAAACUGCUUUCAAAGCAAAACUUAAUGAAGCAUCAUUAAAACAAAUUUCGCAAUUAAAAGAUACAGACUGUUUAAAUCAGAAAGAAUGUUUAUUUUUGGAGGAAGCGUACUCUAAUGAUCUUAAAGAAAACUGUAACACAUUGAGGAAUAAAUGUUAUCAAAAAAAACGUGAAGAAGUGGCAGAAAAAGCUCUUUUAAGAGCCCUUAAUGAGAAUCCUGAAAAUGAUAAUAAGUGUAAAGAAAAACUUAAAAAAGUUUGUCUUGUGUUAGGUCAAGAAAGUGAUGAAUUAAUGCAAAAGUGUUUAAAUCUAGAUUCUACAUGCCCAUCCUUAAUACAAGCAGCAAAAGACAAGUGUAAAUCUUUAAAGACAGAGGUAGAAAAUGUGCUAAGUAAUGAUAAGGAGUUACAAAAACAUGGAGGAUCUUUACUUGAAGAAUGUUAUUUCCACUAUGAAAACUGUAAAACAGAAAACCCGGAUUGUAAUGGCUUAAAAAAGAAGUGUAAAGAUGCAGGGAUAACUUAUACACCACCAGGCUUGGAUUUUAAUCCUACAAAAUCAGAGACUACAUUGGCAGAGAAAAUAGGCUUGGAAGAACUUUACAAAGAAGCGGCAAGACAAGGAGUUUUGAUUGGAAGACCGCCAGAAAGAGAUAUUCUUGAUUUAUUAGUGUUUCUGUCAGAGAGUAGCCCUUUUGAUGAAAAUAAAUGCAAGAAUAUACUCACUAAUAAAUGUAAUUCUAUUCAAUAUUUAGCAGAAAGUUUAAGAAAAUUAUGUGAAAAUGCAAGCCAUUAUGAAGAUAAAUGUAAAAAGUUUAAAGAGGAUUUUGAAAAAACAAAAGGUGUUCUAGAAAAAAAGUUUAAAAGCAACACAUUUGAAAACAAUGAAAUUACAUUAUGGAGUGAGUUGCCGAAUUUCCUUAGUGAAAAUGACUGCAUAAAAUUACAGUCAGACUGUUUUUAUUUUGAAGGUCAAACAGAUUUUCAAAAAAUAUGUAAGAAUGUUAAGGCAGCGUGCUAUAAAAGAGGCCUUGAUGCAUUAGCAAAUCAAGCACUACAAGACAAAUUGAGAGGAAAUUUUAAUGAUACAAAUAAUAAAUGGUUUGAAAUACUUCAAAAAAAGAUGGUAGAAGUAUGUGUAGAUUUGAAAGGAGAGAGUGAUGAGUUAUUUGUGUUGUGUGUGCAACCAACGGAAGGAGCCAUUGCAGUAUCAACGGAUUUGCGUAUGAAGACAGACUUGUUACAAGGAGAUCUGAACGAGAAGCGGGAUUUUCCUACGAAGCAAGAUUGCGAGGAAUUACUGAAGAAGUGUCAAGAUUUAGAACAAGAUUCAGAAGAAAUCAAAUGGCCUUGUCGUACGUUGAAACACCAUUGUAAUAGGCUGGAGAUUGCAGGACAAUUGGAAGAGAGGUUGUUGGAAGAAAAAGUGAAGGAUUUGGACAAGUUCGAUUCAUGUUUAAAAAAUCUGAGAGAACAAUGCCAUGAAUGGACUAGAAGAGGAAGAGCGCAGUUUGCUCUCGCAUGCGUAGCACAGAAUAUUACAUGCAAGAUUCUUACAGAAAGUAUAGAUUCUAAGUGUACUACAUUGAAGGCACGUAUGAAAACAAGUGAUGUUAUAAAAACUGCAAAAGAAGAAAAAACAAUGGAAGAAACAUGUGAUUCUUGGGAGCCUUAUUGCAGAAAAUUCAUGUCAAGCUGCAAGGAUUUAGAAAACACUGGAAAGGAUGAUGGAUGUGAAAAACUUAAAGAAAACUGCAAGCCGUAUCGUGCACAAAGGGAUCGCGAAGAUGCAGCUAUGCUUAAAUUUAAGGGGAAUCUUGAUAAGAAAAACAGUUGUAUAACGGUUCUUGAUCAAUAUUGUACACAAUGGGCGAAUGCAACCAACGGACUUGAAACUUUGUGCAAAAAAAAAGGUGAAGAGGACAAAAACGUUAGAAAUAAACUCUGCAAAAAGCUGAUUGAACGAAUGAAAGAAAAAUGCAAAGGACUAUCAGAAAAACUUGAAAAGGUUAAAAACGAAAUAGAAGGGAAAAAUAAAGAAUAUGAAAAGAUUAAAGGAAAAGCAGAAGAAGCAAUGGAAAAAGCAAAUCUUGUUUUAUCAAAAGUGAAAGAAUCCGAUAAUAAAUCUGUGAAUAAAUCCGUACCUAGUGAACCUAAAGGAGAAGAAAACAAGGUAGGGUUUAAACUUGUAAGAAGAGAUACAAAGUUGCAAGUAACAGAAAAAGAGUUACAUGCAUUUGAUUUGGUAUCACAAGCGUUCAGUUUAUAUGUAGAGUUGAAGGAGAUAUGCCAUCACUCACUGAAAGAUUGUGAUUUCAAAAAAGAGUGUAAAUGUGAGGAUCCAUGUGAAAAGAUACAAGGAAUAUGUUCGAAAUUAGAGCCACUGAAAGUCAAACCAUAUGAGGCAACAACUAAAAACAUAACAACCACAACUACGACCACAACGACGACGACAACAACCGUUAAAGACGCAAAGGCAACAGAGUGCCAAUCUCUGCAGACGACAGACACAUGGGUCACAAAGACGUCUACGCAUACCAGCACGUCUACAACUACGUCUACGGUCACAUCGAGAAUAACGUUGACCUCAACGAGGCGGUGUAAGCCUACGAAGUGCACCACCGGAGACGA